GUGUUCACAGAGUAUCCACAAAAGUUUAGUUUCCUUCCUUUGUCGUUCGGUUCUGGCAGGCGAGAAGCCGGGGACGGAGCAAGAUGAAGUGAAGCUGCAGAACGCCAGCAAGCAGAUUGUGCAGACUGCGAUCCUCCGGGCAGUGCAGCAAGUUUCCCAGGAGAGUCAGCAAAAGGAGAAGCGAGCAAACAGCGGUACGAGCCUCCAGCUAGAACGAGGGAAAUUAACCAAAAAGCAUGAAAAGAAGUAA